GUCAUUCAAAGCCCUAAAAAACGGCAAAUAACGGAACACUUGCUAAUAAUUUCUUUACUCAUGGAAGAAAAAGCUUUGCGCGAAGAACAGCCAUGGCGAUUGCUCGAAUUUUACAGCGGCGUUGGUGGCAUGAGAUAUUCGGCGAUUAAGGCCGGAGUGAAUGCAAAAAAUGGUUGAAGCUUUCGACAUAAACGACUUGGCUAAUGAUGUUUAUGAGCAUAAUUUUGGGCAUCGGCCAUUUCAGGGCAACAUUCAGACCUUAACCGCUGCCGAUCUUGAUCGUUACAAAGUAAACGUGUGGCUUCUUUCUCCUCCAUGUCAACCUUAUACACGACAAGGUCUUCAGAAACAAUCUGCUGAUGCUCGAGCCUUUUCUUUUCUUCAAAUUCUUGAAAUCAUACCACAACUGAUGCUACCUCCAUCCAUGCUCUUUGUUGAAAAUGUAGUUGGAUUUGAGACAUCUGAUACACAUCAGAAGAUGAUUCAGAUACUCAAAGAAAACCAAUUUGUGACACAAGAGUUCAUAUUAAGCCCACUGCAAUUUGGUGUCCCUUACUCACGUCCCCGUUACUUUUGCCUUGCAAAAAGAAAACCUUUAUCUUUCUGCAACCCAGAGUUCAAUGGACAACUUCUUUAUGUGCCAAAACCAUUAUUUGGUGAAAAUGAUAAUGAGAUGCUACAAACAUGCCUUCCUAUAGAAAGUUUUUUGGAAUUUGUAAACUCCAAGGGCAAAAAUGGAACAUUUUCAGAUGAAGAAGAUUCUUUAAAUAAGUAUUUGGUUCCAUCAAAUUUGAUAGAAAGAUGGGGGAGUGCUAUGGAUAUUGUGUAUCCUGAUUCAAAGCGGUGUUGUUGUUUUACAAAGAGUUAUUAUCGUUAUGUGAAGGGAACUGGCUCCCUUUUGGCGACUAUUAUGCCUAUUACAAGAGACAAAACAACACUUGAGGAACUUUGUCUCAGAUACUUCACCCCUAGAGAGGUUUCCAAUUUACACUCUUUCCCUAAAGAAUUUGAGUUCCCAGAACAUGUGACUCUUCGACAACGUUAUGCAUUGCUGGGAAACAGUUUAAGUGUAGCAGUGGUUGCUCCAUUGCUUCAUUAUUUAUUUAGUGAGUCAUCAUAGUUUUGGUGUUGUGGACAUUUUUAUGAAGCUGAAACUGGCACCAUAUGUAGUAUAAAGAUUUGUUUAUAUUGUAUUGAUAUGAUUGUGUUUAUGUAGUAUGUAUUGUUUGAGUUUUUUGCUUAAUGGAGUUGAUGGGCUAAGGGG